AGUCUGCUGCUGGAGGAGCAAACCUGGCAACCUGGCAGUUUGUACGGAGACCGAUUGGCAAUCUGGCAAUGCGGAAAUAGAUCUGGCACCCCCGAGCCCGGACUGAGGAGAGAGGCGUGACAGAGCGAGUAAAGAGGAGCGGGGUUUGCAUUUAUAAAGAUAAAAUAUCAAACUAUUUCUUUCCUGUUAGCUUUUUUUUAUUCUCAAUUAAAGUGCUCAGGUGCGCUCUUCUGCACCAGCUGGGAUUUUCCAGCGUUUGUUUUUCAACCUGACAAGUCUGAGAAGAAGGAAAGAAGAAGUGCGUUUUAAUCGCUUGGAUUCCGGACUUCUUUACUGACUUUUCCUUUUCUGCGUCAAGCAUGGAUGUUUUGGCGAAUUACAGUAUUUUCCAGGAACUCCAACUCGUUCAUGACACUGGUUAUUUCUCUGCGAUGCCUUCCCUGGAGGAGAACUGGCAGCAGACAUGUCUAGAGUUGGAGCGAUAUCUACAGACGGAGCCCAAGCGGCUCUCGGAGCUCUUUGAUGAGGAGCUGGACUGUCUGUUAAUGCCGAACUUCAUGCAGGGUGGUGACAGCGAUGAGGAGCUGAUGGACCCACUCCUCCCCAGCCUCCCAGACCAGCCCAGCCCACCUCCUCUUCUGGUAACCCUUCCCAAGGUCCAGGCCAAAAUCCUCCAUGUGGCCAGCAAGACCCAAGGCGAGGCAGGAACUGAAACCCUCACACCAAAGGACCAAGUCCUGGCAGGAGUCAGUGCCGCACAGCUCAGCGCCGCUGUUACCUCCCUAACACCGCCUUCGUCACCAGAGCUCGGACGCCACCUCGUCAAACCCACACAAACACUGACUGCGACGGCAGACGGCACACUAACGCUCAAAUUUGUGGCUAAGAAGGUAGGGUUAGGAGCAGCUAAACUGGUGGCAGCACGAGCGUUACCCUCGCCGCCCAGCCGAGGAGGAGCCCUCAGUGACGGCGAGCAGGGAGGAGGAGGAAGUCUGGGAGGAGACAUACCAGAGAACAAGAAGAGAGUCCACCGGUGCCAGUUUAAUGGCUGCAGGAAGGUUUACACCAAGAGCUCCCAUCUGAAGGCACAUCAGAGGACUCACACAGGUGAGAAGCCCUAUAAGUGCUCAUGGGAGGGCUGUGAAUGGCGUUUUGCCCGCAGUGACGAGUUGACACGACACUACCGCAAACACACCGGAGCGAAGCCAUUCAAAUGCAACCACUGCGACAGGUGUUUCUCUCGGUCGGACCACCUGGCUCUGCAUAUGAAGAGGCACAUCUGAGGGCAGAGGAAAAAGGAGCGGGAGAGGGGAAGAAGCACGAGGAGGAGGAGGAGGAGGAGGAGGAGGAGGAAGAGCAGGAGGAGGAAGAGGGAGAUGAGGAGGAGGAGGAGGAGACAUAGGAGGAGAGAGGGAUGGGCAGUGGAGCUACCAAUCGCCCGCCUCAUUCACCCCGUCCAUAAACCAGUCCAAAACAACGACGCCUGCAAGGCAGCGCAUCCAUCUGAGAGGGCCAUAAAGAUCAAAUGGACUAACGGCCCUCUCAUUGGAGACGGGGAUAGCAGGAAAACGAGCAGUAGCUAGAUUGUUGUUUUUCCUUAAAAUUACACACUCGCACACUUGCAAUAGUGAACACGCAACACACUCGUCUUUGAAUGCAUCAUCCCGGUAAAUCCCAGUUGCUCUCAUGUGGCUCUGGGGGCUUGGACACUGCCAAACCAACAUAUACUUAACUUGCUUAUUAAAACAUUACUCCGCAUUUUUUUCUUUUUCUGUACUUAGCGUGUUCAAACCAUAAAGUCACUAUAGGUGAGGAGAUAGCUCAGUGGGGAAACUUAAAAUAUCCAUGUAGUCAGUUAUUCGUGUUUUACCGGUUUUUAAAAUCAUAUACUCAACUUUUUUCUUGGUUUUGUGUUUCUCAUACACGAAACUUAAGAAACCAUCAUCUGCCGCAGUCAGCUUCAGUAAUAUAUUUGAAAAAAACAACAACGAACAACAAAUCUGCAGGAGAGAGACUGUAAGGAUUGACUUCCAGCAUAGCUGACAAUCGAACCCAGGGCUCGUCGUUUGGUGUUUUGGUGCACCUUUGGGACCUGGUCAGCGGGUGCUGCCGCAGCUCUCAGGCUAUCCUCCAGUGGGUGUUUGCUUCUCUCACCUUCACUGAGACGCCUGCCGCCUCCGCAGGCCAUCUGACAGAAAUGCGCAGCGACACUUUCUUCCCUUUUUUUCUACUUAGAGGAUGAUAAUUCUUCUUAUUGUUGUUAUUACAAACAAUGACACUUUGUUCUUUUCUCUCUUGGAGAAAAUGUCUUAAAACUCACUGAAUUGCUUUCAAGAAAAAAACUGAAAAUCUAAGAAGACUUCAACAGAAUGUGUGGGAUGAGAAGGGGAGGGUUGUUGGUCUUUUAAUCCCCGUGUGCACCAGCUCUGCUUUUGCCAACUGUGAGCAACCAGUGGAUGAACAAAAAAAUACAAUCACACCUACCCUCUGAAAAGGGAUUUGUAUUUUUGGACUAAAACAAAUGCAGAGAGCUGAGAGGUCUUCAUUUUGUAUGCCUCUCUUUCUGCCUGCGAUUCACUCCAGCUGAAAUACAAAACCCUUGCAUUGCGCUUUGUGGUCUCGCACUCUACGGGAGUCAGGCAGAGAACUCGCUAAGAACUGGGAACCUGUUUUUCUUAUUUCUUUGCUAUUUGUUCAUUCUGAAAGUCAUCCUGGAGCGCUUUCACAGACUCUGAGAUUUCAUCUCUCUGGCGGCACUGCAGGGCAUGAAGGAAGGAUGAGGAGCUGCAUUUCAGUAACUCACAUGGGACUUAAGACACAAACCGCCCUUUGUGUGGUGGUGCCGAAUAGAGACGGUCACGUAGGCCUGGUCAAAUUUGCCUGUUUCGUAUCCAUUGACUGCACUGAAUUUUUUUCUAUGUUAUCUGUGCUUUUUUUUUCUACAGCUAAAAAAGGAACACAAAGAAAAAAAACUCAUAAAAAGACUUAAAAAAAAUACGACACAAAAAACUAUCCUGUCUCGCGCUACACAUUGUAUACAGAACAAACACACAUACUCCUUCAACACACACACACACACACACACACACACACACACACACACACACACACACACACACACACACACACACACACACACACACACACACACACACACACAAACACACACACGCAUUGCAGACUUACACUGCAAUUUCUUUGCUCACGGCUCCUCUUGAGAUAAGGCUAAUAAGAUUUAGGAAAAUAAUUAUUUAACUGAUGAACAGAGUUGGAAAACAAAACAUUGCAUGGCAGGCUUUAUGGCUCACCCACACACACACACACACACACACACACACACACACACACACACACACACACCAGACACUUCCUGGAAUUAUAUGUUCUGCUCCCGGAUCUUUUUUCACAGUAGGAAUUUAGCAACUGUUGUUUAGUAGAAGAGUAUCUUAGCUCUCGGCUGGAGGUAACAAACGACUUCAAUCCUUUGAAGUGAGAAAUCAGCUUGUUCUCAGUUCCAACAAUCACCCACAUAUCCCUUGCUACAGUUUGUGCCUCUCAUUUAAUCAGCGAUUUUAUUUCAGAGACUCUGGUUGAAGCGUUUGUUGUUGUAGGUAUAAGCCACUGUUUUCAUCAAUACAAACAUUUCAAAUAUUUGCAGUAGGUCUUUAAGCAAAACAUGUCAAUAAUCCUCAACAACCUCUCUAUCCUUCAUCUCAUAAACAGUGAAUUAGAAUGUAUUUUCCCCAACAAAAAUAGCAACCAGAAUCACGACUUGAAUCUGGUUAAUAAACCUUUCGAUGAGUUAAAAAUCACACUGGGUUGUUGGAGGUUUGGGUCUAACGGUCCAUCAAUUAUGGGGGUGAUAUUUUGCACAAAAUUCAACUCAUUGAAGAGAAUCAUGACGGUAAAAGGUUUUAACUUGUGAUGGAAAAGCUAAAUUCAUUUAUUUUCUCUGACCUGAACUCAAUCAGUAAUGCUUGAAUCUCUGAUUGAAGAAAAGUGAAAAAAUGAGAGGCAAAAACUUUGAGGAGCUCACACCCACAACGCCUGCUUCCUUUGCUUAAUGGUUGCAGAAAAAAUAAACUUGCCUUGCAAUCAGGGCAUUACUGAUACCGCCAACAUCCACACCAACACUGACGCUGCUUCUCCAUCCACCCACCACCAACAUCAUCCCUGUAGCGCAUGCAAACAUACUCGCUGCUGCUGAUUGCUGCAGCUGGGUGAGGGUGCAGGGAUUCUGAAGCUGGCGGGGGAUUUCACAUCCCAGCGUGCCCAGUCAGUGUGCCAGUUGGCCUUGCCCGACUUCAUUAGGUGAAGCAGUGAAAAAACUCCCCUUAGAGGGGGUUAUGGUGCAGCUUUGAACAAUCGAUACCAAAAACCUCCAGCGUGGAACUGCCCUUUAGCCACGGGCAGAGUCUCCCCGGUCAGGAGAGAUCAGCGGGAGACCGCCUCCAUAUGAGGCCUCUGUAUCCAGCGGCAGCUUUCUCUACGUACUCUCUGUUUCUGCUAAAUACAGCGCAAAGCAACCCACUAGGAGAUGAAUCCAGUGUUUCAAUAUUAUUUCAUUUCUUUGUUCUGUUACAAAAGCUAUAUCGAUGGUUGUUUUCUUCAGCUUGGAUGAUGCAAAGUCAUGCCAAUAUGUUGAGACAUGCAAUGGGAUGUAGAAAGAGCCCUCCUAUACAGGACGUACAAUCAUAGAGGGAUGGGGAUCGUAGCACUUUUGUGGGGCUUUUGAUGGCAUGAAUGUGUAUAUGUGUGUAUGUGUGUGUCCCAAUUAGGCAUACUGUGAGGGGAGCAGGGAUUCAGCAGAGGGGUUGAUAACAGAUUUUUAACUGCUGAAUGUGUGGGAGAAAUGUUGCUUGAUAUAUUUGCUGUUUGUAAAUGCUUUUAAACUAAGCAAUGGCUGACAAUUUGUUAAUUAGGUUUGGUUCAGACCCUUCAUUCGUUAAAUUGUUCAUUCAUCCAUUCAUCAUUUCCGUUACUCAUGAGAUUCAUUCAGAGUCAAAGAGAUGAAAGCUUGCACUUCAUUUUAGAACGAUCUCAAAGAAAACUCCUCUCUUUAAGAUUAGUUUAAAUUAUACUUGUGACUCACUAUUUUUUGCUUUUUUCAUAUUUAAUCAAUAAUACACAUUUCUCGUAAAGAAUAUCAAAACCAUUUCAUACUCGUGCUAUUUGCUGAGCUGCUGAAACUACAGGAGAAUAUACCUUAUAGGGAACUGGCGGGUUAGUCAGUGUCAUAGUGACCUAAAAGUGGAAUAAAAAUGUACCUGCUUCUUUAAAAAGAAAACAAUGAAUAAACAACAAGAACAUUUGCUUCAAGUACAGUCUAAAGGGAAUGUGAUAUAAUGGUUUUAGACAACUACAUAGACAUGGUUUAUACCAAGAUUACAUAUACCAUUUCAGAGCGUCCAUUACAAUUGUAGCACUGGCCACCAUGGAACAACUCAAAUGUUCUCCUCUUUAAUUAAAAUGUUUUGACAUCUAACAGAUCUCAAAGUCAGUUCGGAUACAAUUUCCCGUAUUGUUUUCUUUGUGUUGAAGCAGGUUUUUGUCACAGUGUUGCUUUGGGUCUCUCAGGCUCCUCCAGGCAAACUAGCAGCCGUCCCACAGCUCUGAUUAGCAUUAGCACUCCCGGGUCUGCCGCUCUGGUUGCAGUUGAGCUAAUGAGAUAGCUCUGGGUCACAGGGAAACUGAGUGGUCCGGAGCAAAAUAACAACAGUGACUUUGAGCCGGACUAAUUCCAGCGCUACGUACCCAGUGGAUACAUCUGCUGUGGAAUAAACAAAAGAUCCCGUUAGCAUCGAAAAAUGACAGGAGAAAGUUGUCAAAGACGCUAAACUGUGUUUUAAAAAAAAACAUUAAAUCAGCCCCUGCAUUUUAUCCCACAGAUUCUAGAUAAAAUAAAUGACCAUUUGUCUGCUAAGGCCCUUCGGAUAUCUAAUCCACUGUGUCACAAACCUCCUCCUCCUUCACAGUUAAAGUGCCAUUCAUCUUUUUCUCCAUCCCUCCAUCUUCACCCCAUCUCUUCCUCUCUUUCCACAGCAGUUGUCCAUGCACUAUCAGCUGCAGGAUUGCUGAAUGCACACUUUACACACAUUUUGCCCAAAGAUUUGCAUAUUUGCAAGUUAACUGCUGUGAAUGUAGUAGACAUAGAGGAAAUAGCUGCGAGGCAGAGAAGCUGAAAAGUAGUGUUUGAAAGAAGUUGGAGGAGAGGGAUUGUUUUUCUUACAUGAUGGUCCCAUUAAAUCUUAAUUGCCAGUACGCUCGAAGUAUCCAUGCUUCAUAACGUUCUCAAUCUCUUAUCUACUGUCAGCUGUUCACAAAUGUAAAAUAAUUUUCUCAUGGUUUCAUAGGCAGGAGUGCAGAAGCGUUAGUUUAAGUAAGCUUGUUAGCACACUGCAAAGAAUAAAGUCAUUGAAAAGACACAGGAGGGCUGGAGUCUUGGGAAAUGUUAAACUGCUGAAUAUGUAAGCUGACGUUACAUCAACAAUUUAAAACAAGUAGACCAUUUCCAUACAUCCAAUGGUUUAAGUGGAAAUUAACAAGGAGAGAUCUUCUGAAGUUGUUUUCACACUGACGGGGAAGUCCGACUUUGAGAAUUGUUUGCCUACAACUAUGAAGGUUUUUUCAUUUCUUGCAAAAUCUGCACCCAACAUACCCAGUGUGAAGACAUCCUUUUGAUGUGCUCUUUGACCACAGUCAGUUGUUGUGUGACGCAGUCCUUAAGAGGAAUCAGGCUUCAGUUUCCACAGUUUUCUACCAUAUCACUCUGGAAAAGGAUUGUCACUUCUGGCAGCUUUUGUAAAUAGCGUGAGAUCUUACACACAGACCGCUCUGUGUGAAACUCUGUGGCAACGGCGCCAUCUCAGACACUUCAGCGUUUCUAUAGAUCUGCUUUAGUUCACAGGAACAUUGCACUACAUCUUCAUACUUAGCUAUCGCACUCUCCAUGUGCACGCACUGCUAGCUUAGUCUGUUUGAGCACUCUGUCAAAUAUCCACUUAGCAUUUGUUACACGUCCAGGAUGCACCUUACAACCAAGAACCAAUAUACGUAUGACAUGUCUGCUCUUGAUAGAUCAGAGGGACAUAUUGACUUAAACCUCCACUGAAAAGUCUUGUUCAUCACCGUUACUCUGGAGAAGCUUGUUGUACUUUACCAACACAUGCUGGGACUUGGUUGAACUUUCUUGGUAUCUGGGACAUCCCGGAGUGACUCUGUUUGUCUGUAACUUCUGUGUUUGUCCAUGCUUAAUGUGUCAGUGUAUAAGAGAUUCACACAUCUUGACCCCUUCCCUCUGUAUGUAUAUUUCACCUCAUCCAUAAUAAACCUUCUCCACCAUAACCACAAGCAGUCAGAGCCCCGUGUGGCCCGAACACACUCAAAGUCUUCAGAUAUCAGGCUGUACCGGGAAGUUCUCAAGAGCAGCUUGGGGGCUUCAAGCUGUUCUUUGAUGAGACUGCAAAACGUCUCCAACAUCCCAGCUACAUGUCCGGUCGAUGGGUACAGUUUAAGUUUGGUCGACCGAUCGUUGUAGGGGCUUUUCCAUCUGUCAGAUUAAUUUAUCUGUUAGAUCUUGAUGCCCAAUGCAUUUUGUAGUGUACUUAUAGCCCUAGAACUACUUUCUGGAGUUUCACCAGUUGUUAGACCCCUCUAAGUCUGUGCAAAAAUGAUUGGUAUCAAAAAUGUUUUGUCUAACUUGUCAACCAACGGCAUUUCAAUCGUGAGACCUUAAGGGACUGUCUACAUGAUUCUCUGGUUUACAUUUCCUGGAUUUUGUUCCAAUAUGGGUCUUUUAUUCACAAUUAUUCCCAUUGUUUCUGUCAGCUAUGACAACAUGUUGCUGCUCACCAGCUGCUUUUCAGAGAUCUAGGACACUAAACUUGAGGUUUUAGAAAUGUGCAUGAUGAUCUUGCUUGCCCAAGUGGAUACUGUAGUAAAACUGUAUUAAAUACAAUCUCCAAAAUCUCUGCAAUGCUCGUAGUGAGUAACAUAUCAUUUAAAAAAAAACACAGAAUGAUUUUGGUGCCAACUAUUUUUGCCACAUAUUGGGGGGAAAGUGACUAAUCCAGACUUGUAAUUUAUUGAAAGCUGUGUUUUAUCACCUUUAUAUCAUCACAGUGAACACAAACCAUAACUGUCAGAGGAUCACAAAUAUAUUUCCUGGGAUGAGUCGACAUGUAGAGAAAAAAGAAGACAGCAGGUGUGUUUUCACCAUCACAACAUCCCGUCCGGCGGGGGCUCUGCUACUCCGAUAGCUUUCAUAUCAACCUUUGAUCCAUAAACCUUCACUCCACACCCGCUUUCCUCUCCUCUGUUACCGUCACCUCUGUUGACAUUUUUUUAUUUUUUAUAUUGAGUUCUCGUUUUAUUUACAAUUUUUUGCUGUACAAAGUGUUUAAAAUAUUAUUUGUAUUAUAUGAUGUUAGUAUGGUAAUGUUCUUUAUUAAGGAAGAAGAAAAUUUAUUUUUGUUACUGGUCUGUUUCAUAAUUCUUUUCUAAAUUGGUAUUGUAAGAUAUCUAUGCAAGAACUGUUAAGUGGAGCAUUUUUAUUUAAGAAUGUAAUAUGUGUAAUAAAUGGUAGAAUCUG